AUGGCGAGGCCCGGACACGCCAGGAAUCGCCCGUCCUUGAAGGAAGAGGAGGCCGAGGAGGCCGAGGACCCGGUGGACGCCAUGAUCUCGCGGACGGGCUGCGCGGCGCAGCACCGGGCGCUGCAGGAGUGCAUGGCGGAGCGGCAGGACUGGGGGGACUGCCAGCCCCAGGUCCGGGCUUUCGGCGAGUGCAUGGCCCGACGGCAGCGCGCCGAGGAACCGCGCCAGGCGCCCGGCUCACGCCAAGCCCACCCCUCGCCCGCCGGGGACUGA